AUGCCAGCACUAAAAAUUCUGGUCAUCGGUGGUGGCAUCGCCGGCCCCACUCUUGCAUUUUGGCUGGCUCCCCUCGGCCACGAUGUCACCAUUCUCGAACGAACAGAGUCGCUUCGCGCGCAAGGCCAGCAGAUCGACCUUCGCGGCCAAGCCGUGAGCGUCAUCCGUCGCAUGGGGCUCGUCGACAAAGUCCGCGCCCACGUUGUGGAUGAGGAGGGCAUUCAAUUCGUUGACGCCAAGAACCGUCGCCAGGCAAUGUUUCGCGCCAACAAGACCGGACAGGGCGCCCAGACAUUCACCUCCGAGUUUGAGAUAAUGCGCGGUAGUUUGGUGCGCAUUUUGGCCGACGCCGCAACAGCACGUGGGGCCAAAUUCCGUUUCGGCACCACUGUCGAGGGACUCGAGCAGAAAGGCAAUGCUGUGAACGUUGCCUUUGAAGACGCGCACCGCUGA